AUGGAGAGGCAGCUGUGUCAGGAUGUUAUGCAUUGGCCUUCAGAGGCAAUAAGAGAGGAAUUGUCAAAGUCAUUAUGUGGAAUAAAAAAAGCUGAUGACGGCAGAAGAUCAAUUAUGAUUUGCUGCUCCGAUUUUGCUCCGAAUGUACUCGUAGAUUCGCGACAGGGUGAAAGAGUGGAAACUGAAAAUAACAUUGAUAAUCACUCCAAUAUAGGCCUACUUCCGGAAAAUUGUGGCAAGCAGUUUGAUGACCGCAUAAUUGGAGGAAAUUUUACAGGCAUAUACGAAUUCCCGUGGAUGGCACUUAUCUCUCAUGUUGACAAAGACUCCAAUGGAAUAGAGAAACGACAAUUUAAGUGCGGGGGAACAAUAAUCAGCUCUAGAUAUAUUUUGACCGCCGCACACUGUGUCUCGGAGAAGACGAUCGCGGGUGUACGUGUCGGUGAAUUUGACAUCCGUUCACGUAGAGAUUGUCAAGGAGAAUGGCCAAAUUAUGUUUGCGAAGACCAUCUGCAAAAUCUCCGUGUGGAAAAAGCAAUAAUUCACGAGGCAUACAGCACAAGCCCGAGAGUCAUAAAUGAUAUUGCAAUACUCCGAGUCAACAAAGAAAUCGACUUUUCGUUUAAAAAUGUCAAGCCGAUUUGUCUACCGAUAUGGAAAGAACUCCGUAACGUUAGUCUCAGUGGGAAGCGAGCUACAGUCGCAGGGUGGGGUGUUACAGAAACCGGAAAAGCGUCUAAUAUUCUUCAAAAAGUAACUGUACCGAUUAUGGCAGAAGCCAAUUGUGCUGAAUUCUUAGGAAGAUACUCUGACCCACGAGAACACACUCUUAAGAAUUUUUGCGCUGGUGAAAUCGGGAAAGAUUCCUGUAACGGUGACUCAGGAGGUCCUCUUAUGUUGUUUGAAGUCUAUAAAGACAACUACCGCAUGAUUCAAUACGGCAUCGUGUCCUACGGCCCGAUACAGUGCGGCUCUGCAUCGCCGGGAGUGUAUACGGAUAUUACUAAAUACAUGAAAUGGAUUUUAGAUAAUAUUAAAGAA